GCUGAUGCUCAGAGGACACGGAGAGAUUCGAGCAUCACCGGGAACCGACUGAAUUAUCGUGCCAAAUCUUCGGGCUUCGGUAGGAUGCGUCAGGACGGAUCCAUGCAGAUGGCUGCGACACAGAAAGAAGGAUCUGACCAGAACUUCGAUUACAUGUUCAAACUGCUGAUCAUCGGCAACAGCAGUGUAGGAAAGACGUCGUUUCUCUUCCGGUACGCUGACGACUCCUUCACAUCAGCGUUUGUGAGCACGGUGGGCAUCGAUUUCAAAGUCAAAACCGUCUACAAGAACGACAAGAGAAUCAAACUGCAGAUAUGGGAUACUGCCGGGCAGGAGAGAUACCGCACCAUCACCACGGCGUACUAUCGUGGAGCCAUGGGCUUCAUCCUCAUGUACGACAUCACUAACGAGGAGUCGUACGGAGCCGUGCAGGACUGGUCAACCCAGAUAAAGACGUACUCCUGGGACAACGCCCAGGUCAUCCUGGCGGGAAAUAAGUGUGACAUGGAGGAGGAGAGAGUCGUGUCUACAGAUAGCGGCAGACUGCUGGCAGAGCAGUUGGGUUUUGAGUUCUUCGAGACGAGUGCCAAGGACAACAUCAACGUGAAGCAGACCUUUGAGCGUCUGGUGGAUAUAAUCUGCGACAAGAUGUCAGAGAGUUUAGAGACUGACCCCACCGUGACCACAGGCACCCAGGGAACGGCCCGGUUAACGGAUAACCCUCCUCCACUACAGCAGCCCAACUGUGCCUGUUAGUGCUCAGUUUACAUGGUAGCAUAAGUGUGUGUGUCUGACACCUUUAGAUAGAUGCAUAUAUCCUUUAAUGUCAUAGAAUACAGGUGUUGGAACAACUUGAAUCUGAACAGUGCAUGUCAGGAGGAGUCAUGUGACCCUUUACACCCAAUGGGAACAGAGCUGUCAUAUGGAUGCUGUCUUGAUCAAUGGCGAGCAGUUCAGUGUUUUAAAAAGCAGUAUGGAUAAAAAUAGCUUAAAGGUGCCAUAGAAUGGAAAACUGUAUUUACCUUGGCA